CAUUUGGAUUUCAACAGUGCAAAAUUUCACUCUCAGCCGCGGUUGCAAAAUUGUUUCGCUUGCGGAACGGUUUUUUGUUGGUAAAUCUGAUUUAAUUACUUCCUAAUUGUUGUAUUUAAUCUAUUUUAAUGUAGUGCAAGUGUUCUUGAUUCCUUCAACCGGAUAGGCACCGCUCAACUUCAUCGCCAUGACGUCGAUGACGUUUGGCCAGAAGAAGUUCAUCCCGACGGCGCCGGAAAAGGGCAGCUUCCCGCUCGAUCACGAGGGCCAGUGCAAGAAGCUGAUGCUGUACUACAUGCGCUGUCUGCGCACCAACAACGACGACAAUUCGGCCUGCCGGCAAGAGUGCCGCGCCUAUCUGCAGUGCCGCAUGGACCACAAUCUGAUGGCCAAGGAGGAAUUUUCGAAGCUCGGGUUCAGUGAGGAGGGUGAAGGAAAGAAUAACUAGAAGACUGUUUUGUGAAAUUGUGAGAAGAGACUUUUUUGAAAAAUAAACAAUGACCCACCGGAACGUUCUAAUUGGUUGCACCGGAAGUGUGGCCACCAUCAAGCUUCCCCUGUUAGUGGGGAAACUCCGCUCAACCAUUCCCAACGUGGCCAUCAAGGUGAUUGUGACCGGGCACGCCGAUCACUUCUUCUCCCCGGCGGACAUUCCGCCGGACGUUCCAGUGCUGCGCGACCAGGAUGAAUGGGACAGCUGGCGCGACCGGGGCGAUCCCGUGCUGCACAUCGAGCUGGGCAAGUGGGCCGACCUGUUUGUGGUGGCGCCCCUGGACGCCAACAGUCUGGCGAAGAUGGCCGGUGGGCUGUGUGACAAUCUGCUGCUGUGCACUGCCCGGGCCUGGGACUUUGGCAAGCCGUUCUUUUUCGCGCCGGCCAUGAACACCCGCAUGUGGGACCAUCCGGUGACGGGGCAGCACGUGCAGGUGCUGCGGUCCUGGGGUUUGCGGGAAAUUCCGUGCGUGGCCAAAACGCUCAUGUGCGGGGACACGGGGCAAGGGGCGAUGGCCGAGGUGGACACGAUCGUGGACAAGGUGGCGGCGUGUUUGGUGGCGAUGGAGUGCAGGAGGUAGGUGGAAAAGGGAUUUUUUUGUUUUGAGAAUAAACAUUUUUGUGCAUUAUUU